CGGCGUUGAAGAAGAAGUUUGGUAAGUAAUAUCCUCAUUUUUAAGAAUAAAUAAAUACCUUCUUUGCUAAUAAAUGUACAGGUUCCACGUCGACAAUCUCUCAUCCGCUCAUAUCUACCUCCGCCUCUCCGAAACCCAAUCAUGGGAAUCCAUACCUGAAGACCUCCUCACUGAUCUUGCUCAACUCACAAAAGCAAACUCCAUCGAAGGAAACAAGAAGGACAAUGUCACCAUCAUCUACACGCCAUGGAGCAACCUGAAGAAAGACGGCUCCAUGGCCACCGGCCAAGUCAGCUUCCACGACAACAAGAAGGUGAAGAAGAUCCUUGUGCCGACACGCAUAAACGCCAUCAUCAACCGCCUGAACAAGACCAAGGUAGAGAAGUUCCCCGACUUCGCCGCCGAGCGCGACGAGAUCAUGAAGGCAAAGGGCAAGAAGAACCAGGCUGGCGUUCAGGCGCGGAAGAAGGAGGAGGCGCGCAUUGCGAAGGAGAGGAGGGAUCUGAAGUACCAGAAGGAGCAUGCGUAUGAUGAUGUCUUCACGGAGGAGGCGCUGGAGGCGAGCAGCAACCAGAACAGAGAUGAUGACUACUUAUCGGACUUUAUGUAGAGGACGUAACUAUGGAUAGUUUGUUCUGUUAUAUGAGUUUAGAGAGCUUGUCUAUCCUCGGUUGAGGUGGCAGCGGUUUUCAACAUCCCUGAAUAAAAAUAUAGACGUUUGAGCCAAC